GAGCUGGGAAUCAAACCCGGUUCCUCCAGAUCAGAUACACGAGCUCUUAACCUCCUACGCCACUGCUGCGGGAUUUCAGCCGCCGCCCCCCCCCCCCAACCUAACUUUGUGGGGUUCCCUGUCGUGAGUUGGGGAAGUCGUUUCCCUGGCUGAGCUCCAGCGUCCUGUGUGCCCGGAACUGGGCUGGGCUGCCAACUUCCAGUUGAUCUCAAGACAACAAAGAUCUGGAGGAAAUGGCUGUGUUGAAGGGUGGACUAUGUCAUCAUGUGUUGUUGAGGUCCUCCCCCACCCCCAAACCUUUCCUCCCCAGGCUCCACCCCAAAAAUCUCCAGGUAUUUCCCAGCCCAGAGCUGGCAACCCUACACCACAUCACUUGUUGGACCUGCGGACAAGGCAGCACAUGAACUUGGUCGCUGCUGGCUGUAGCUGGUUCUCCCUAGAAGAUGGAGCGCAUUCUGCCCACAGCAGUGGAGAGCUGGCUUGGAGAAGGUGGGCUGGAGAACAGCCCACAGGCAGAAAGUUUUCUCCUGAGUCAGGCAGAGGAUGGGUGGCAGGUCUUGGUAUCUUUUGAGGAGGUGGCUGUGUGCUUCACAGAAGAGGAGUGGGCUCUGCUGAAUCCGGACCAAAGAACGUUGUACAAGGAAGUCAUGCUGGAGAACUAUCAGAUCGUGGCCACUUUGGGAGAUCUUAUGAUUCCCAAGCCUGACCUCAUUUCCUGGCUAGAAGAUGGUGAAAGAGAUGAGGAAGGAAGACAGCCAUUUGUUCAGGGCUCCAGCAAUGAAGGUUCUUUGUGGAACAAUGAGAACAAGGGAGAACCAAGCUGGGAGUCAUUGGAAAAAGCAAAAUGGGAUCAACAAGGAGUUGGAGGUGAAGCAGAGCAGGGCAAGAUUAAUGAACUAUCUGUGUCUCAGGAAAAUGGCUUCUGUGAAAUCGUGACCCAAGAAACGAUGGACCAAGGCAAGAAAAGGAAACAGUGUCCUGUGUGUGGGAAAAGCUUCAGCUGGAAAUCCAGUCUAAGUUCUCACUGGAAAAUCCAUGCAGGGGAGAAACCGUAUAAAUGCCCAGAAUGUGGGAAAACUUUUAUCUGGAACUACAGCCUCAUAUCCCAUCUGAGAAUCCACACUGGUGAGAAACCAUACUUAUGCCUAGAGUGUGGAAAAAGCUUUAGUCGAAGAGAAAAACUUACUAGACAUUAUAAAAUUCACACAGGAGAGAAACCACAUAAAUGUUCAGAGUGUGGAAAGAGUUUCCGCUGGAAGGAAAGACUUACUAGACACCUCAGAAUCCACACGGGGGAGAAACCAUAUAUCUGCACAGUGUGUGGAAAAAGCUUCAAUUGGAGUCAUAAUCUUAUAUCCCAUCUGAGAAUCCACACUGGGGAGAAACCAUUUGCCUGUUUGAAGUGUGGGAAGAGUUUCAGUCAGAGAACGACCCUUACUUCCCAUCAGAGAGUCCACUCAGGGGAUAAACCUUAUAAAUGUUCAGAGUGUGGAAAAGGCUUCAAACAGAAAACAGAUCUAACUUCUCAUGAAAGAAUCCAUGCAGGGGAAAAACCAUAUCAGUGCUCAGAGUGUGGGAAAAGCUUCAAUCGUAGUACACAUUUAGCUUCACAUCAAAAAAUCCACACAGGGGAAAAACCAUACACAUGCUCAGAGUGUGGAAAGAGUUUUAGUCGAAGUGCAAAUCUAACCUACCAUCAAAGAAUUCACACAGGAGAAAAACCAUACAUAUGUCUAGAGUGUGGAAUGAGUUUCAGUGUGAACACAAGUUUAACUUUACAUCAGAGUGUCCACACUGGGAAGAAACCAUUCAUAUGUUUGGAGUGUGGAAAGAGUUUUGUUUGCUCUGCACGUCUCACUAGUCAUCAGAGACUGCACACGGGAGAGAAACCAUUUAUAUGCUUGGAGUGUGGGAAGAGUUUCAGUCGGAGCACAAACCUGACUUCUCAUCAGAGACUGCACACAGGAGAGAAACCAUUCAUAUGUUUAGACUGUGGGAAAAGCUUCAGUCGGAGUGCAAACCUUCUUAGACAUCAAAGAACUCACACUGGGGAGAAGCCAUUUAAAUGCCUGGAGUGUGGAAAAAGCUUCAGCCAUAGUGAAACUCUUACUUUGCAUAAAAGAAUCCACACAGGGGAGAGACCAUUUAAAUGCCUUGAGUGUGGAAAGAGUUUCAGUCGGAGCACACACCUGAAUUCACACCUAAGAAUUCACACAAGAGAGGAGCAGAAUGUAUUUAAAUGCCUCAAGUGUGGAAAAACAUUUGGAUGGAAGAACUGCUUUACUUCUCAUCAAACAAUUCACACAGGAGAAAAACCAUAUAAAUGUCUGGAAUGUGGGAAACGGUUUGGGCGAAAGUAUAGCCUUACUAUCCAUCAACGAGUCCACACAGGGGAGAAACCAUAUAAAUGCCUGGAGUGUGGAAAAAGCUUCAGUCAGAAUGGAAAACUUACUAUCCAUCAAAGAAUUCACACAGGGGAGAAGCCAUAUGAAUGCCUGGAGUGUGGAAAAACCUUCUAUCAUAGAGGAAAGCUUACUCACCAUCAAAGAAUUCAUACAGGGGAGAAGCCAUAUAAAUGCUUGGAGUGUGGAAAAACCUUCAAUCAUAGUGGAAGUCUUACUUACCAUGAAAGAAUUCACACAGGGGAGAUGAAAUAUAAAUGCCAGGAGUGUGGGAAAAGCUUCAAUCACUGUGGGAGCCUUAUUUCUCAUCAACGAAUUCACACGGGGGAGAAACCAUAUAAAUGCCUGGAGUGUGGAAAAUGCUUCCGUAGGACUGGAAACCUUACUACCCAUAAAAGAAUUCACACAGGGAAGAAGCCUUAUAAAUGUCUGGAAUGUGGAAAAAGCUUUACUCAUAGUGGAAAUCUUACUUCCCAUCAAAGAACUCAUACAGGGGAGAAGAAAUACCAGUGCCUGGUAUGUGGAAAAAUGUUCAGUCAGAGUGGAAGCCUUACCUCCCAUCAAAGAAUUCACACAGGGGAGAAACCAUAUCAGUGCCAGAAUUGUGGGAAAACCUUUAGUAAGAGUGGAAACCUUACUUCCCAUCUAAAAAUUCAUACAGGGGAGAAACCAUAUAAAUGCCUGGAGUGUGGAAAGAAUUUUAGUAAAAAUGGAGACCUUGUUUUACAUCAAAAAAGACACACAGGUGAAAAGAGAUGAGGCAGGGGACAGCCAGAGACAGGAUGUUCUCAGAGGUAUCAUGUUGCCUAAUUAAUUCUCUUCCCAUUGAAACUUACUUGUUGCCUAUGCUAAUUUCUUUUAGUUGACAGAUAAACUUCUUUUAUCCAGUGGUGGCGAACCUUUGGCACUCCAGAUGUUAUGGACUACAAUUCCCAUCAGCCCCUGCCAGCAUGGCCAAAGACAAAGCCAGUGGGUUGCAACUGAUUCAUGGGGUUUUCAAGGCACCAGAUGAGCAGAGGUAGUUUGCCAGUGCUUUCUUCUGCAUAGCAGGCCCAGUCUUCCUUUGUAGUCUCCAUCUCCUUCCACACAUGCAGAAUAAUGCACGUUCAAUCCACUUUCACAAUUUUUUGAAAGUGGAUUUUGCUAUUUUCCACAGCAAAAUCCAGCUUCAAAAAUGGAUUGAAAGUGCAUUAUUCUGCAUGUGCAGAAGGGGCCUCCCAUUCAAGUAUUGAUUGUGGUCAACCCUCCCAAGUUCUGACAAGGUCAGGUUGGACUAAUACAGCUGCUUCAAAACCAACACAAGAUAAACUUUCUCUUCAUAUAUGAGAUCACAAAAAAGUUACAGUUCAGUUCUGUAUCUGUAUACUUCACCAUUGGUAUUCCAUAUCUAUUCUGUCAAAUUUUUUAUUUUAAUCACAUUUUCUCUUCUGCCUGUGGAUUGAAUAUUGAGAAGUCCUUUGGACCAAAUUAAGUUCCAGUCUUCCACUCAGGCCCCAAAUCUCUCUGCCAUUUAUGCUGAUAAUUAUGCAGUUCCUCCCAAGAAGUCCUUUUGUAAUACUUCCCAUCAAGAAACAUUCAAAGCUAGGUUUGUUCCUUAAAUGAUAGUAUUUCCAUUAUAUCAUGCAUACAAUACUCUUAAAUUGAAAAUACUGAAACCAUCCAUUUUCUCUGCUGUUAUAAUGUACAUCAUUUUCUCAGGUUGUUAUAAUGUACAUCAUUAAAGGAUGAUAAGUAACCAUGGCUUCAAAGGUUGACGUUUCCCAGGUCAUCUAUAUUAUAUCUAUAUUAUAUCAUUAUUAUAGGAUAUAGAAAUCAGUGGAGAACCCCCAAGUGCUAAUCUCUGCUACCAUACUUUUAAGAUUUAACUGUACUAAGAACAAACAUUUUUUGUCUUCUGCUUUCUUGGAACCACAAAAUAAAGCACACAAUAGUCAAUUUUGUGAUAGAGAUCCUAAAAUCUUGCUAAGACAAGUGUCUGGUAACUUGGGCCUCUGGAGGUUUACAUUAAAAUGGCCCAUUCAUUUCCAUUCCACAGUGGAGUAUCCUGGCAGAGUUAGUCCCUUUUGGAUAAAGGACAGUCUGGUUUGGGCCAGACCACCUAUUUAUUACGGAAGUCCAGUGCCCCGACGAGACGUUUGAUGGAGUUCGAACUAGAUUCUAUAUUGCUCAGAUUGGUAGCAGUAGCCUCUGACAUAAGAGAUGGGGCUUUGCAUUCCUUUCAUUGAUCACUCUUAGAACUCUAGCUUAGGUCCAAUUCCAUUGAUCAUAAAUAGUGGGACAUUUGGGAUUUUCUCUUGACUUCAGUCUUCAGUGGAAAUUGCAUCCACAGGAGGUUGGUAAGGAUUGCAAAGUCUUGUUACUGCAAGGAACUUUCAGUGUGCUAUGAGCAAUCUGCUAUAGUGUAAUGUGUGUCUAGCUUACUAGGGGUCCCAUCCAAAUGGCCAGGCAACCUGCCAUGCUGCCAUGGCCCUGUGCUGCUCCGAGAGGCUUCCUGAUGGUGUGGGGAGGCUUGUAAAGAGAAAAAAAAAUCUCCCUGCCACUGAGGAGCCUCUAUGGGGCUGUAUAGACUUAUGCUGCCUUUUUGGCAGUGUAAGUCUAAACCAACUGCCACCAGUGAAAGGCAGCGAACGUCCAUGAGGCUCCUCCCCCAGCCAUGGCCCUGGACCACCCCCACGGUGACAGAGGCACAGGGACGCUGCCACAGUGUCCUGUGCCAUGGCUCACCACUGGGGAGGGCAGCAGUGGCUGCACAUCAGUGGUUCACCCCUCCGCCAGGGUAAGUGCCCCAGGGUAGGCAAAUCUGCCAGAGUGGCCAUGCAUCACUCCCACAGGUGUAUUGCUUUUUAUUUGUACAUAUCUAUGCUAUGUUGCAUCUCCCCUGUAUUUUGUUUUUACCCUUUCCUUACCAUUUUUUAAUCCAACCACCCUUUUCCUAGCCCCUUUCUUUUAUAAUAAACCUUUUUAUUUAUUUA